AUGACAGAGUAUUUAAUACAGAAAUUAAAAGAUAACAAUUAUCAACCUAUGUAUGAGGACUAUGCAACAAAUUAUUGGUUUUGCAUAAUUUAUAAUUUUCUUGGAGUUUCGUUCGUCUCUAUCUAUAUUUGUAUUAAAGGAAAAAAAUUUGUUGAUAUUGAAUUUCAUGGUCAAACAUAUUAUAUAUUUGGGGAAUUCGCAUUUCCGAAGAACGCUUUAACGCGUUUUCCUAAUUCUCAAAAGAAAGGUGUUUACUACGAUAUUGAAAGUCUUAAAUAUUUUUGGGAAAACAAAGAAGAUAACCAUGCCCUUUAUGUAAAAAAGGCUAUUGCCAAAGGAGGUUUGACUGUUAUUGGAAGACCAGAUCGACAGUCGAUCAUAAAAUAUCUUGAAGGUGAAGAUUCUAUUAUUGAUGAAAAUGAUCCAAAUGCUCCAAAGGUUUCACCAUUGUUAUUAACUGAUAUGGUAAAUUCAAGUGAUUUUGAACCUGAGAGAAAGAAAUUUAAAUCAGAUCACAAUGGAGAAGCAGCAAUGGAGGUAGACGGUGAUGACUUAACAGAUGACAAGGCACAAGGAAAUUCUCAUCGUAGUUUAAAUUCUGAUCUUACAGCAGAAAAGAUUGCGAUAUUAAAAAAUAAAGCUAAAAAACAUAAAAAACACAUGAUUCAAAAUAAUGAGGAUGAAGACAAUGUCAUGGAGAUGGAUCCUUCUAUAGCUAAAGUUUAUCAAAGAGUAUCGGGUGCACGUGAACGACUUGACGAAAGAACCUGUCAUGAUAGUUCAACAUUUAUGGAUGGUACUACUAGUCAAUUUGAUAGUUUUUGUGCAAUAUUUAGAAAUUGUAUUGAAAAGAAAAAGAAACCUCAUAGUAUAAAUGAAAGUAAUAACAAAAAGGUAGUCACACAACCGGCAUCUUCAUCACAACAACCAUCCGGUGGUUAUUCACGUUAUGAUCAGGAAAAGUUUAGUAAACAUGAUUCAUUAGGUUUUGAAAUUAAUCCAAAUCUUACAUUUCAAGGAACAACAUUACAUUCACUGUCAACGGCUGUUAGUGCUAAAUCACUACUUUCUAGUAAUAUGCAACAAAAUUCAAGAUCUCCAGGAACUCCAUUAAGUUCUGUUAAUAGAAGUGAUUCAACGAAUGCAUCACCAAAUGGGCAACAAAAGCGAAAAUCAAGAACGCCGAUUAUUAUUAUUCCGUCAUCAAACUCAUCACUUAUCACAUUAUAUAAUGUUGCUGAUAUUCUUCAAGACCUCAAAUUUAUUUCGACCUCAGAAAAAAAAGACUUAACAAAAAUAAAACGUCCUAAUGAAGUCAUGAUACAUAGAAAAAAAGAUAGUGGCGAUACGGUUCAUUAUAGAGUUGUUGAUUCACCACUUGGUUUUACCGAUGAAGAAUGGGAACGUGUGGUAGCAGUAUUUGUCCAAGGACCUGCAUGGCAAUUCAAAGGUUGGCAAUGGAAAGGAAACCCAGUAGAUAUUUUAGCAAAUGUUCUUGGUUUUCAUUUAAAGUUUGAUUGUGAUAAACUUGACGAUAAUAUUAAACAAUGGUCGGUAAAUAUUCUUGAUAUUUCAAAAACACGUAGACAUUUAGAUAAAGCUAGUUUAUUAAAAUUCUGGCAGAUUUUAGACAGAUGGAUUGUUAAACAUAAACCUAAUUUACGUUUUUAA